AUGAGCUCAAAAUAUUCUGGAGUCAAUUUGGACAGCGACGAGGAGGAGGCAAUACAUCCCAACAUAGACGAGAGAAGCUACAAGGAGUGGAGAAGGAAACAGAGGGAGCAGAGGAGGAGAGAGCUUGAGCAGAGGCUCGAGGAAAUCAAUUCGGUAGAAAACCCGAGCGAAGAGAUGAUUGAGGAAAGGAACGAGAUAGAGAGGAUUCUGAAGCCUUCAUACGUGUGCCUUGACACGGAGUCGUUCAGGACACCUUCCGAGGACGUAGAGAAGGACUACAUCCAGGAGCUAGAGUAUCUUAUAGUCCACAAUGAGCUGGACAGCUUCAUUGAGCUGAUGAACCGAUGCAAGAUCAAUAUGGAGGAGUUUGAGAUUGUUGUUCUUCAUAAUCUAGCAGAGCAGAUUAAAGAAGGAAACGAUGUGGGAGGCCUCAUCCUCUCGAAAAUAUCUCUGUAUGUCAAAUAUGCUUUGUCACACGGCAAGGAUUUCCUUCUAAAGCUGCGUGCCCAGCUUACAAACAAAGAAAAGAAAAGGCAGUUUGAAGAGGAUUGCAGGAGAGACUUUGAGGAGACAAAGAAAGCAUUUCUCGAGGAGUUUGGGCAGCAGGGUGGCAGCAUGCAACCAUCAUGCCCUGAGAAAUAG